AUGGAACGGGAUAUAUCCUAUGAUGACAGCGACAGAUUAUCGAUCAUGCCUCUUGGUGCAGGUCAAGAGGUCGGCAGAUCAUGUAUCUUGCUUACUUUUAAGGGAAAGAAGAUCAUUCUUGACUGUGGAAUACACCCAGGCCUGCAUAACAAAGAGAGUUUGCCGUUUAUAGAUGCUAUUCCAGACAUUGAAACAGUGGACCUUGUUCUUGUUAGUCAUAAUUCGGGUGUUACCGACCAAGCGCUUUAUACUGAUAGAGAUAUCGUUCUGAGUCUCGAUAAAAUCGAUACCAUUGAUUUUCACCAAGAACUCGAAGUAAAUGGUAUCAAAUUUUCGGCAUACCAUGCCGGCCAUGUUCUUGGCGCUGCAAUGUUCCUAAUCGAGAUAGCUGGUGUGAAGGUGCUUUACACCGGGGAUUUCAGCCGCCAGGAGGACCGCCAUUUAAUGUGUGCUGAAAUUCCGCCCUGCCGGCCAGAUGUCCUAAUAACGGAGUCCACCUAUGGCAUUCAUAUUCAUGAUAAGAGGGAGGAGCGAGAGAAGCGCUUCACCAACCUGGUCCACGACAUUGUAUCUCGUGGUGGGCGCUGUCUGAUCCCAGCUUUUGCCCUGGGCCGGGCACAGGAACUGAUGUUGAUCCUGGACGAGUACUGGGCCGCCCACCCGGAGCUGCAUGACAUCCCCAUCUACUAUGCCAGCCAGUUAGCUCGCAAGUGUAUGGCUGUCUACCAGACCUACAUAAAUGCCAUGAACGAUCGAAUUCGAAACCAGCUGGCUAACAAUAAUCCCUUCUGCUUCCGGUAUAUUUCUAAUCUUAAGAGCAUAGAACACUUUGAUGACUCCGGCCCCUGCGUUGUAAUGGCCAGCCCAGGCAUGAUGCAGUCCGGUCUGUGUCGGGAACUCUUCGAAAACUGGUGUACAGAUAGACGCAAUGGCGUGAUAAUCGCCGGCUACUGUGUGGAGGGAACUUUGGCUAAACAGAUUCUCUCCUUGCCUGCCGAGGUGCCUACCAUGUCUGGUCAGAUGUUACCCCUCAAGUGCUCCGUUGACUACAUCAGCUUCUCUGCGCAUACUGACUACCAGCAGACCAGCGAGUUCAUACGGGAGCUUCGGCCGCACCAUGUGGUGCUUGUACAUGGGGAACAGAACGAGAUGAUGCGAUUGGCUGGAGCUCUGCAACGCGAGUACGAGGACGAUGAGACCUGUCGACUGGAAAUUUCCACGCCAAAAAACUGCGAAGCCAACUUUGCUUAUCACAUCAUGACGCCUUCUGAGUUGCCGGUCUACACAGAACUGGCGACCACUGUUGUGACACAGGUAAUUGCGACGCCCUUCUCGGGGCCCGUGAGUAUCCUUCACUUCCAUCUGGCUCUGGUCGCUGGCAAAGUGAAGGUCCUGGAGGAGUCGGCGGAGUCAGUCACCUUCCUCGUCUUCAACACAAUUACUGUCAAUUGGCAACCCCGGAUGGUUCGCAUAAAGCUAGGUCUCCUGCAGGCUAAGUAUCGAAUCAAGAUACCAGAACCUGUCGUCACACUGUUAACUGCCAUUUAG